GACGGCAACACAGCCGCCUCGGGUUGCAGGCGCUCCCGCCCUGCCCACAGCGGCGACCCAUGGAGCGCUCCCUGCACCGUGUCUCCCUUGGGAGCCGGCGUGCCCACCGCGACCUGUCCUUUUACCUCACCACUUUUGGUCAGCUGAAGCUGUCGAUCGACGCCCAGGACCGGAUCCUGCUGCUGCACAUCAUCGAAGGCAAAGGCCUGAUAAGCAAAGAGCCUGGAGUCUGCGAUCCCUAUGUGAAGAUUUCUUUGAUCCCUGAAAGUAAUCGAGCACGCGCUCAGAAGACUCAGACCAUUCCUGACUGCAGAGACCCAGCUUUCCAUGAGCACUUCUUCUUCCCCGUGCCAGAAGAGGAUGAUCAGAAACGUCUUCUGCUUUCCGUGUGGAACCGAGCCAGUACCACCAGGCAGCGUGCACUCAUUGGCUGCAUGAGCUUCGGGGUGAGGUCCCUCCUGACUCUGAACAAAGACAUCAGUGGCUGGUACUACCUUCUGGGAGAGGACAUGGGCUGGACCAAGCACCUGAAGGUGGCCAGAAGGCGGCUGCGGCCCCUAAGAGACCCGCUCCUGAGAAUGCCAGGAAGUGGAGACGCUGAGAAUGGGGAGAGACUCCAGAUCACCAUCCCGAGGGGUGAGGACGGCUUUGGCUUCACUAUCUGCUGUGACUCUCCGGUCCGAGUCCAGGCGGUAGAUUCUGGGGGCCCAGCAGAGCGAGCAGGGCUGCAGCAGCUGGACACAGUGCUGCAACUGAACGAGAGGCCCGUGGAGCAUUGGAAAUGCGUGGAGCUGGCCCAUGAGAUCCGGAGCUGCCCGGGAGAGAUCAUCCUGCUCGUGUGGCGCAUGGUCCCCCAGGUCAAGCCGGGGCCAGAUGGUGGGGUCCUGCGGCGGGCCUCCUGCAAGUCCACACAUGACCUCCUUUCACCCCCCAACAAGAGGGAGAAGAACUGUACCCAUGCGGCCCAGUCACGGCCUGAGCAGCGACAUAGCUGCCACCUGGUGUGUGACAGCUCAGAUGGGUUGCUGCUUGGUGGCUGGGAGCGCUACACCGAGGUGGGCAAGCACGGAGGCCAGCACACCCUGCCAGCGCUGUCCCGUGCCACCACCCCUGCCGACCCCAACUACAUCAUCCUGGCCCCGCUGAACCCUGGGAGCCAGUUGCUACGGCCUGUGUACCAGGAGGACACCAUCCCUGAAGAACCAGGGAGUCCCACUAAAGGGAAGUCCUACACAGGCCUGGGGAAGAAGUCACGGCUGAUGAAAACUGUGCAGACGGUGAAAGGCCGAGGGAACUACCAGGACUGCUCGCUUCUGAGGCCACACGUCCCGCACUCAAGCUAUGGCACCUACGUCACCCUGGCCCCCAAAGUCUUGGUUUUCCCCGUCUUUGUUCAGCCCCUAGAUCUCUGUAACCCUGCCCGGACUCUCCUGUUGUCAGAGGAGCUGCUGUUGUACGAGGGGAGGAACAAGGCUGCCCAGGUGACACUGUUUGCUUACUCGGAUCUGCUGCUCUUCACCAAGGAAGACGAGCCUGGGCGCUGCAACGUUCUGAGGAACCCCCUGUAUCUCCAGAGUGUCAAGCUGCAGGAAGGUUCUUCUGGAGACUUGAAAUUCUGCUUGCUGUAUCUAGCAGAGAAGGCAGAGUGCUUAUUCACUUUGGAGGCACACUCGCAGGAGCAGAAGAAGAGAGUGUGCUGGUGCCUGGCGGAGAACAUCGCGAAGCAGCAGCAGCUGGGGGCCUCACCUCCCGAGAGGAAGAAACUCCACCCUUACGGCUCUCUCCAGCAGGAGAUGGGGCCGGCCAACUCCACCAAUGCUACCCAGGAUAGAAGCUUUACCUCAUCAGGACAGACUCUGAUUGGCUGAAUAAGCCCAAGGGCGGGACUCUGCUUCUGGCAACUUAACCCUUUCUGGGGCAUCCCCUACCACACAGUAACCUCACUUCAACUGGAGCCAAAACGGAGGACCAAGAUGGUGGGCUUAGGGUCAUCUUCAGGGAGUGGUCCUGAGAGUGUGUGUGGACCGGCAACAGGAGAAGUGGUGGUGUGAGAAGCCGUGUGGGCAUGGGCAGACUGGCAACAGGAAGUUCCUGAUGCAGAAGAUUCAGAAGCUUGUUCCCUUCAAGGAGAAAGAAUCUAAAAGGCAUCUGGGCACUCACCUUGGGGGCAGCAGGACAUUGGGAGAGGUCACCUUGAUGGAGAACGAUGUCGUGACCUGUGUUGCCCGAAGACAUCUCCACCCAUUCACUCAUUCUUCAUCUGGACACAUUCAUUUGUUCAUUCAGUGGAUUCUGAGGGCGUCCUCUUGGUGGCAGGCUUUGUGCGAGGGUCUUGGGGAUACUUUGGAGAACCAGAUGGGCAUGGCUUCUGCUCUCAUCAAGAUUCCAGUCCUAGUAGGGAAUGAGCAUUAAAUAAAUCAACACCAGCACACACGUGACCACACCCUGGGAGAGGUUUGCAGGAACAGAGCAAAUGCCUUUCGAGGACAUUGCAUCUAGGUUGCUCCAUGUAGGGGUGCAGCUAGGGAAGGACACAGCUGAGACCUGUAGGGAACAAGCCAACCGAGGACUUGGGAGAGAGCUGGCAGGUAGAUGGAACAGCAUGCAUGAGCUCCUGGGAUGGAAGGGAGCUUGGCACGCUGCAGGAGCCAGCAGAGGCCCAUGUGACCACCACCCAGGGAGGAAGGAGGAAGGAAGGAAGGCCAGGUGUGUAGGACUCAGGCAGUGAGUGCUUUAUUAAUUUCAUCAUAGAUGAAGUGGGGAGCCAUGAAUGGCCUUUGAGAGAGUGCCAUGUGCUCAGGAACAGUUCUACAAGAUACAAGAGCAGACAGUGGGGCAUCAAGCAGGCAGGGGACCACUAUGAGUCCCUCAGCCCAUCACCUACAGGGUGACGGUGCCUUGUUCUAGAGGAUGGUUGGGCUGUUGGGUCAGACUCUGGGAUGAGAAAAGACGACUCUCUCCCUUGCUCCUCCACCUGCCCUCAUGCUCUACCUGGUGACUGUAGUGAGAUUUGGGACCUUUCUCAUGGACCUGCUUCUGGGCAGGCCUGAGCUAGGGACCAAUGUUGUAUCCCUGGAUGUGGAGCGCCAAAUACCCCGCCUAGUCCCUGGGCCUUGCAUGAGCUGUCUGUAAUGCCUCUUACUGUGUUGGGCUGUCCAAUGGGGAGCUGGAACUCAGUGCUCUGACAAUGGACUUGGUUUUUCUGUGGGGCUCCUAAGAGUCAGGGAGCAGGACUGGGUAUGGCUCAGCAACUCUUGUGGAGAGCCUCCUGUUUCGAGGUGACAGGAUGACCUACCAGGGCCUGGGCCUGAGAGCCUUGCCCACUUGCUGCCUGCUGCAACCCUGGCUAAAACUCAGGGUCAGGAAGUUCUUAUACCUUUUCUGACUAGUAAGACCUAGGCAGAGGGAAGCCCACAGCUACAAAGCUGAGAGACAUAGUUUAUGUGCAAGAGGGGCCUACAUGAUGGGGUUGUUUGCAUAGGGAAAGAGCUUAGAGAGGCUGGAAAGAUGGCUCAGGCCAGAGAUGCCCCUGGCCAUGGACUAGCUCUGUGUUCUAUAAGACCUCAGUGUCUCUAGAAAGGGUUUUUGUGCCCUGUGAGUUUUCUCAGCUGCUGUGGCCAGCUGAACACCUGAAACAGUGCCCUGGAAAAGAAUAUGUUUCGUAUCUUCCAUGUAGGAAAAAUCAGGCACAUUGGUACAGCUGUCUGGUAGGGAAUGGGAUGGCUCCGCUGGUGAUCAGGCUAAUGCCCCUGUCCAGCAGGGAGACAGAUGCUGCCUGGAUAAGGACAAGUGAUUCACAGCAUCUCUAGCCACCAGGGCUUGGCCCACAGGGUGAAUCUGAGCAGCUGAGCAGCUGGGUCUGCAGAGACAGCAAGCUGCACUUUGAUUUCAUUUGGUUCUCUUACAAAAUGACAUUAAGGGGAAUGCGAGAUGCAGGAGCAUUCCAUGUCUGGCAAGGCGGCAAGCUUGUCUGUCCUGGGCCUGGUGACCUGCUUCUGUCCAGCAGACAGGUUUAGAGCACAGACACUGUGACCCCAGAGAGAAGGAAAACUGGAAUGCAGCAGCCAGCCCCGGGGAUGGCACUCUCCUCCCAGUUUGUCCUGACAGUCUGCUCAGUGAACCAUGCCUUGUGAUCAAGGUCCCAGAUCUGCCAGUCGGUGGAGAGGUGGACAUGCGCUCCCGCCGGGCCUGGGGCUGGUCUGCCCAGCAACUGUGGCGAGCCGCACUGCCGCUGCUGCUCUGCCUUGUGAAUCAAUGCAACUUUUAAUUUGGCUCCACUGACUUGUGAAGAUGAGAUAUGACCUGGUGGCCACUGCUCUGCAGCAUCCUGGGCCAUCCCAGCUGUUCAAGAUGAUGAACAGGCUAUCGCAAUUGCAUCUGAGAGUCAUAAUCACGGGAAACAUGAUCAGGCCCCGCCCCACCACAUAAAUCACUCUAAGAAGCACACAAUGGCCUCUUUCCUGAUGGGCCAAUUGUCUUGGUUUGGUGUCUCAGGGCCUGGGAGCUGGGAGGAUGGGAGAACAACUAUGUAUUGUCAAAAAGGCCAUCUGUGCAACUUGAAUACAAAGUGGCCCUUUUAGUUUCCCACACACCCUCUGAUCCUGUUUUCAUGCGUUCUUAUAUCUCAGGCUCUGGGUCUCUUGAAACACUCGUCUCUUCUCUGCGCUGUUAUUCCUGGGUCUUUUGGCCCUUUGGCAGUGGGGACAACACAGACUUUUUGGAAAUAAUGACACUGAUUGGUGUAUUUUUUUUUUCUUAUUCUUUAUUUUAUUUUUUUCCUCCUGAAUUCUGCCACCAAAGCCCUAAUUGAUCACACGUGCUACCAAAGCAUCAAGCAGGUUCUGUAAAGGGGAGGGCUAGCAGUUUUGCAACAUCGGAGCCUUCCCUGCAGUGAGAACCCCACAGCGUAUAUUUUGGAGAUGGCAGCCAGGGUCUGCAGGUGUCAUUUCCCCUAAGCCUUCUGGUAGCCUCACUUAGGACAAAGGUGACCAGGCUCUGAGAAGUAAAUGACUUAUUUUAGGUCAUAUAGCUUGUAAGUGGCUAAGUUAUUCCUUAAGCACAGAUCUUUCAGCCUAAGUCAUUGCUCUUUCUAUUUGUAAAGCUUUGCUUUUAGAAGUAGAAAUAAGGGAAGUCAUUCAUUUCAUCCAGAAGAGGCAGGAGGCAGGUACUAACAGGUACCAAUGAGUACCGGAAGUGGUGGCCUUCCUAGCUAUAGAGGAAAUACUUUCUGGACAAGUGAAAUGAGAUUGGUUUUCUCUACUUGGUGGAGAAGAACUUCUAGUUCUUUUAGUAUUCAAUUCCCUGUGGAGUGGCACCAGCUGGAAGGAUCAGUUGCUCUCUGUGAGAGGUGAAAAGAAGUCUGAUAUGAAAGGCAAGACUGAGCUCCUACGAUGGGCUCUCGGGCAGUGCUGGACCGGUCAGGUUAUGCUCCUCCCCUUUGGAGUCUGGCAUUCAAGAAGAACAGAUGAUGCAGAAAUGUUAUUAGAGGCAGAAAGGGAUAGCUUCAGGCUCAGUCCUGUCUGUCUUGGUAUCAGUGCCGAUGGAGGCUCUGACCUGAGCCCAGCUGACUCUGCCACUGCUGGCUCCUUCUGCAGGGUUUUGUGCCCAGAUUUGGUUAAUUGGCUGACUUAAGAUUUCAACUCUCACUACCCAAGAAUCAAAUGGAUUUCAUUUCAGCACUCCCUGCAAAGGAGUGAUCUCCUUUCUCCAAUCGGUGCAACUGUUUUCCAGGCAGCUCAGCUUGCCUGCCUGCUUGCCUUCUCUCUCGCUGCUGGUCUGGCUGUAGACAGACCUCCUUCUUCGUUGUCUUGCUCUUCUUUUUCCUCAAAAAGAAUGGAGGACAGCUCUACCCACUCCUGUCUUGUUCUUCUUUCUCCCCAUGCCUUUCUCUGGAGAGAGCUGUUGGCCAUCCUCCCAACUGCUCCCAGGUCUUUGGUUUAGGGCAGAGUGAUGGCACUAGGUAACUGAAUGAGCACUCCUACCAUGAGCCAGGCCUGGAGCAAAGCUUUUGGUAUACAUUGUGUCUUCUUAUGCUCACUACAGGGUUCAUUGCCCUGUUACACAUUUACUCCCAUUGAACCCACUUUGCCAAGGAAGAUGUUGAGUCUUAGAGAAGUGAAGAAAUUUGCCCAAGGUCACAAAGCUGAUGGCUGAUGAGGAUCGCAGCCCAGGACAAUGUGGUUCUGACUCUUCUCUUCGACUGCUGGGAGGGACUGGAGAGGCUGGGCAGUCACACUACCACCUGAAGCGCAUCUAAGGAGGUGCGAUCUUCCAUAGAAAGGAGGUGUGAUCUCCACUGGGCUUGUGGCCACACAGGACAAUUUCACCUUCUCCAAAGUCCCUGUGUCCAUUUGCAUGGAGACUGCUCCUUCCACCUGGUGCUGCUCAAACAUUUCUGCUGUCUUCAAACUUGGAGGCUCAACACCGUCCUUAGGCAUACCUUGGAAGCCAUGGCCUCCUCCCCUUGUGCUUUCCCAGAAGUCUUUACUUAUCCUUAGCAUGGUGUAUUGGGCAGCUAUACAAGGGGUGAUGAAAACAUACAGUGAACAGGGGUCUCAAAGAAAAGUCCUAGCAUAUGCUGGGUUAUCUGCCAAAGCUAAAACUUGCGUCUAGAAGGAAAGAUAACAAGCUAGAAAGUCCAAGUUUGGGUAGGGAGGAGGAGGAGGCCCCAGGAAAGGAGGACAGGCUUCAGAGAGGGAAGGUGUGGAAACAGCAGAUCUCUUGUGAGUUACCAGGGUUCUAGACCAAAAACUCCUGUCCCUAAACUAUAUGUGUGCUUGAUGUCAAAAGCCUUAUUUGUGCAUCAUUUAAAGUGUGAUCAAAGUAUCACUGAACAUGUAAGUUAAAAUGUAUUACAGUAAAAGACUCAUUGCUGUUAAUCUCCCUCUAAACGCUCCCCUUUGCUUCCAACGCCCUUAGCCUAUUAUUCUUGUCACUUUCAAAAGCUGUUUUGGAAGUCUGUGCGUGUCUUCAUGAGGUCUGAUAAAAAGUAGAGUGAGUGCUACUGCCAGGUGCCACCCAACAGAGAGACAGGUCUCUAAAAACACUACAGUAUGUUCUCAUGCACCUCCCUCAGCGGAUCUGGUACUAUGUGACCUCUGGUUUUCCCUGAAGUCAAUCCAACUAUGAAAGGUAAACAUUUCGAUCCAAUUCAGAAGAGCACUGAGGCAGCCACAGCAGUGCAACUAAAGAUACUCCUGAAAGAAGACUUCCAGAAUGGCUUCAGACUAAAACAAGAACGGGGGGCUAAGUGUGUUCAGAGUGAUGGGAGUGAUGGCAAAGUGUCUUCUACUGAAAUAAUUUUUUUAAAAAAUGUGAGCAUUCACUGGACUUUUUGAGCAUACCUCACCCACUGCUACAAAAUUUCGAGAUGCCCUGGAGCAGGCAGAGAGCACGUUUGACUUGUUUUUCAUCCUGUUGUUGCCUAGUGCAUAGUAGGUGCUCAGUAGAUAUUGGAGAAUUGAGCCGGCCUGUGCAGUGCAAUCCUCCUACGUUUAGAACAUAGAUGAGGAAGCAGGAUCUAAAAAGAGAACUGACCUGGCCAAGUCAACAUCAGAGGAGGGAGUAGAACGCAGGUCAGCUGACUCUCUUGGCGGAGAGUUUUUGUUUGCAUCUGCCGCCACAGGCCUGCAUCUCCACUGGCCCGUAAAGCAAUGUGGCCAAGUUCGUAUCAGGGUCAUGGGGAGUGUCAUAUGCUUAAGCUGAGAGGGGACCUCCCCUGAGAAAAGGAUGCCUCCUAAGAACUAUCACUGUGAUUCUUUUCUCUGGGUUUUGGGCCUUCCCCACACUGAGCAUUUUGCCUCAAAAAAGUCAGAACAGGAUUCUCAAGCAAGAGCAGUCAAAAGACAGCUGGGACUGUGUGACCUCCGACAAAUAACUCCACAUGUCUGGCCAUCGCUUCCUUACCAAGAAAAAUGAAGGAGCUGAGUGCCAGGUGGUCUCUAGGAAUCACCAGGUCUCAAACUAUUAGGAUAAAAUAAUAAGGACCAGAAUAGAGAAAAGUGGAUGCCCUGAUCUAGUGCAAGAAUUGGUUUAUUUC